UCUUCUGGAGAAAAGCACAUGCCACGCUGAUCUGAAGCCGCCCCACUCAGCAGCCGACCCCGGACGGAGCGAUCGCUGAAGGCUGUGCUCGCUUUCACGGGGGCCCUCCCUCCGGACAUCGUCCCACAGCCUCCCUGCACGCCCUGCAAACCCCGGGGCCGCAGCUGCGGAAAGACGCGGACACCCACGGCCCAGGAGCCAACAGCGACACCGACUCUUGUGGAACGUACAGAUCUUUCUAGAGGAAAUCUGUCCUCAGAAGCGUGCACUGCAUUUUUAUUCAGCAGAAGAAUAGGGUGGGGGGGGGAGCAUUGCCGCCUAGGAAUCCAGCACUGGAGAAACGAGGAAAAUUCUUGCAAGUAUGGUCUCCCACUCAGAAUUGAGGAAGCUCUUCUGUUCAGCAGACGCAGUCUGUUUUGAUGUGGACAGCACGGUCAUCAGAGAAGAAGGAAUUGAUGAGCUGGCCAAAUUCUGUGGCGUUGAGGAUGCUGUGUCAGAAAUGACACGGCGAGCGAUGGGUGGGGCAGUGCCUUUCAAAGCUGCACUCACCGAACGCUUGGCACUGAUCCAGCCCUCCAGGGAGCAGGUACAAAGGCUCCUAGCUGAACACCCCCCACACCUGACCCCCGGCAUAAGGGAGCUGGUAAGUCGCCUACAGGAACGAAAUGUUCAGGUUUUCCUCAUAUCUGGUGGAUUCAGGAGUAUCGUAGAACACGUCGCUUCAAAGCUCAACAUUCCAGCCACCAAUGUAUUUGCCAACAGGCUGAAGUUCUACUUUAAUGGUGAAUAUGCAGGCUUUGAUGAGACACAGCCAACAGCUGAGUCUGGUGGGAAAGGAAAAGUAAUUAAAUUUUUAAAGGAAAAGUUCCACUUUAAGAAAAUAGUGAUGAUUGGAGAUGGAGCUACAGACAUGGAAGCCUGUCCACCUGCCGAUGUUUUCAUUGGAUUUGGAGGAAACGUGAUCAGGCAACAAGUAAAGGAGAACGCCAAAUGGUAUAUCACUGAUUUUGUUGAGCUUUUGGGAGAACUGGAAGAAUAAUAGCAGUUUUAAUGUAGCUCCUAACAAUUGGAGAUUAAUUUCUCAAAGGUUAAACACAUUGAUAGUAUUUGCUUAUGAUUGUCUGAGACAACCUGAUGUAUACAGUUGGUACUGAUUAUAAUUAUAUGAUCAAGUAAAUAGGUUCCUAGGAGAGUCUAGGAAAUUGCUAUUUUUUUUCCCUACUGUAGUUCCAGAUUUAUUAUGACCACUAAUUACCUGGAGAGUUUUAUAGUCUGAAUUCUUUAUGUAUAUUCCUAGCUAUAUUUUCCCUGAAGCCUUUUAAAGGUCCAUAGUAAAUUAAACACUUCUACUUUUGGCAAUGAUUCAGCAGCCUUAGGUGAAUAUUGGGUUUCCCUUUGAUAUAUAAAUAAAUUUUUAUCCAUCUAUCAGAA